AUGGCGCUGAACGUCAUCUCAUCAUCAUCUUCAGCCACUUGUAGUAUGAUGACCUUCGCUUCCACCAUCAAAGCCUUAGUCACACCUUCUCUCUCCCUAAGAACCACUCGUUUCACUCUCUCUCCAUCAAAUCAUAACCUCCUUCCUCUCUCCGCCUCUCCUUCAUCGUUUCCUCCGCUCCGUCUUUGUAAACGAAGCUUCCACGGUGGUCGUGUCAAAUCAAUGGCUUCUUCUCCUGCUCCUGGAUCAGUCAACAAGCCAGAGGAAGAGUGGCGUGCGAUCUUGUCUCCUGAGCAGUUCAGGAUCCUGAGGCAGAAAGGCACCGAAUAUCCAGGAACAGGAGAAUACAACAAACUAUUCGAAGACGGAAUCUAUUCCUGUGCAGGAUGUGGAACUCCUCUAUACAAAUCCGCCACCAAAUUCGAUUCCGGUUGUGGCUGGCCUGCCUUCUUUGAUGGCCUUCCCGGUGCUAUAAACCGAACUCCUGAUCCAGAUGGGAGAAGAAUCGAGAUCACUUGUGCAGCUUGUGGAGGACAUCUCGGCCAUGUUUUCAAAGGCGAAGGCUUCCCUACACCUACAGAUGAGCGACACUGUGUGAACAGUAUCUCUCUCAAGUUCGCACCAGGGAAUUCGACCUUCAUCUUUCUUAACAUGGCAACCACGGCAACAUUGACGACUCCAUCAAUUGGCUCAAGCCAGAAACACGAUGAUGAGUGGCGUGCGGUUUUGUCUCCUGAACAAUUUAGAGUUCUCAGGGAAAAGGGCACAGAGGAGCGAUUUAAAGGAGAGUAUACAAAACUGUUCGAGGAAGGAACCUAUUCAUGUGCUGGUUGUGCAACUCCUCUGUACAAGUCCACCACCAAGUUUGACUCUGGUUGUGGCUGGCCUGCCUUCUUUGACGCUAUUCCCGGUGCCAUUAAACAAACACCGGAGGCAGAUGGGAGAAGAGUGGAAAUCACGUGCGCAAAGUGUGAUGGACAUUUGGGUCAUGUUUUCAAAGGAGAAGGUUUCGCUACACCCAAAGAUGAGCGUCACUGCGUCAACAGUGUUUCUCUCAAGUUUUCGUCCGAGACUUCCUCCUGAAGUUCUGAUAAAAUCAUAUCGAUAAUCACUAGUUAUCGAUCGUCCAUCUCCUUCAAAACAAUUCAAAAAUCGAGUCUUAUUGUUUGUUACUGUGUUAUGUUUUGUGUUUCCCUCUAUUCAUGUGUGACGCUCCUGUGAUUGUGUCUGUGCUCUUUUCUUCUCUGUUUCAUGUUUUUUGUGGACGUCAUUUAUAAUAAAGUCAUUUAUAUAAUAAAGUCA